AUGAGCACAAGCAAUACCAGCACACGGCACGUCAAUCGUCUGGCCAAGGCCAAAAGUCCGUACUUGUUGCAGCACGCAGAAAAUCCGGUGGACUGGUACGAAUGGGGCCAGGAAGCGUUUGACAAGGCGAAGAAAGAGAACAAGCCUAUCUUUCUAUCCGUCGGAUACUCCGCUUGCCACUGGUGCCAUGUACUCGCUCAUGAGAGUUUCGAAGAUGAGAUCACUGCCAAAAUGAUGAACGAGCACUAUGUCAACGUUAAGAAGGUCGACCGCGAAGAGCGGCCUGACGUUGACCGGCUGUACAUGACCUUCCUUCAAGCUUCCACCGGUGGAGGCGGCUGGCCGAUGUCAGUCUGGCUUACUCCCGACCUCCAUCCCUUCUUCGCUGGGACGUACUUCCCUCCCGGCAGGUUCCGCCAGAUUCUUGACAGACUGGCCGACGUCUGGACAUACGACCGCGAACGCUGCAUCGAGUCCGCGGGCAAGGUCCUUGAAACCCUCAAAGAGAGUUCGAACAUCGCUCCAAGUCCCCAAGAUAGCGUCGAAUUGAAGCCUCUGCCACAGGAGGUCUUCCAGCGGUUGCAGAAACGCUUCGAUGGUGUGAACGGCGGUUUCGGCGGCGCCCCGAAGUUCCCCUCGCCUGCACAGACCACGCACUUCUUAGCGCGUUAUGCCGCGUCUCACCUAAGCGACCUCAAUGCUUCGAAUGAGGACAAGAAGAAUGCGCAAGCCGCUCGAGACAUGGCGGUGUACUCGAUGAUCAAGAUAUACAACGGCGGUAUCCGCGAUGUCGUCGGUGGUGGCUUUUCGCGGUAUUCGGUGGAUGAGCGUUGGCACGUUCCCCAUUUCGAGAAGAUGCUCUAUGACGAGGCCCAGCUUCUAUCGUCGUCGCUCGACCUCUACCAGCUCCUCACGACGCCAUCGCGCGACAAGAAGACUCUAGAACUCAUGGCGAAGGACAUCGUGUCUUACGUCGCGAACGACCUCCGAAGUCCCGAGGGUGGUUUCUACAGCGCCGAAGAUGCCGACUCCCUCCCGACGCACGACAGUAUUGUCAAGAAGGAAGGCGCCUUCUACGUCUGGACCUCAGAGCAACUCGAUGAGCUCCUCGGCGCGGACGCUGAACUUUUCGAGUAUCACUUUGGAGUUGAGGCGGACGGGAACUGCGACCCCGGUCACGAUAUACAGGGCGAAUUGAAAGGCCAGAAUGUGCUGUUCACAGCGCACACUUCGGAGGAGACGGCGGACAAGUUCGGGAAGUCAGUCGAGGACACUGAGAAGAUCCUCGGUGCGGGCUUGAAGACGCUCCGGGACUACCGCGACAAACACCGCCCUCGGCCGCAUCUGGACGACAAGAUACUCACCUGCUGGAACGGGCUCAUGAUCUCUGGCCUUGCCCGUACUUCUGAAGUUCUCGGCCACGAUAAAGACGUAGCAUCGAAGGCACUUGAUAUGGCGGAGGCAUCCGCGGCAUUCAUUCGCGGCCACCUCUUCGAUGAGCAGAGCGGCAAACUCUGGCGGAGCUACCGCGAAGGCCCAGGCCCAACCGGUCAGGCAGAUGACUAUGCGUUCUUGAUCCAAGGAUUUCUUGACUUGUACGAGGCGAGCGCGAAUGAGGAACACCUCCUGUGGGCCCUGCGCUUGCAGGAGAAGCAAGACGAGCUAUUCUACGACCCCGAAGACGGCGGAUACUUCGCGUCUGCUCCGGACGAGCACAUCCUCAUCCGCAUGAAGGAUGCGCAGGAUGGCGCGGAGCCCAGCGCGGUGUCGGUCACACUCGCAAACCUGCAGCGUCUUGCGCACUUAGCCGAGGACAGACACGCCGAUUAUAACGCGAAGGCGAAGAGCAUACUGUCGUCCAACGGGCAGCUGCUCACCCGAGCGCCUUUCGCGCUUGCGUCCAUGGUCAGCGGUGCCAUGAUGGCGGAUAAGGGCUACAUGCAGUUCAUCCAUACCGGAGCGUCGUCGACCUCGCCACUGCUUGAGCUCACUCGCUCGACGUUCAUCCCGAAUCGCGUCCUGAUCCACAUCGACCCGAAGAACCUGCCUCGGGAGCUGGCUAAGGUGAAUGGGAGCAUCCGGAGUCUCAUCGAGGAGCUCGAGCGUACGGGCGGCGAGACGAAGGAGAACGUCCGCAUCUGCGAGAACUUUACGUGCGGACUGCCGAUCGAGGACGUCGAUGACCUUCGGACGCGGUUGCCUCUUGUCGUAGCGACUUGA